UUUUAAUUACAAACAAAUGUGUUUCGAACCUAACCUGUUUAAUCCACGUGUGGUGUCAACGGAGCAAAAAUUACUUCCUUAUUGUUAUAAAUACGCAAUUUGUUUACUUAUUUUGUUUAUAAUAAGUAUUUAGCAAGUUUUUACUUUCUUUUGUCGAAUCACAUUAUACAGAAGAAUGGGACGAAAAGCGAAAUUUGAUGGAGAAACGAAACGGAGUGGUCCUGGUAGAAAGUCAAAAAAACAAGGAGAACCUAGUUUCCCCUCAGGUUUAUUAGAGAAAAAGGAAGGAACACUAAGUCGUCGUCAAAGGCAAAGAGCGAGAAAACGAUUGUCAAAGAAAUUGGCACAUCAAGAGAAGGUGCAAGCAAAGAAAAUAAAGAAUGUAAAAGAAAAUGGAACAUCAAACCAUCAAGAAGUAAAACCAUUCUCAAUGAGAUUGAAACCAGAGACUAGUGAUUUGGACGAACCCGAAGAGAAGAACUUAAAAGUAAAGAAACAAAACGAAAAGAAUAAAAAAGUUUCUAAAAAGGAUUCGAAAAAACGUAAGAACGAAACUAGUGAUUUAGACGAACCUGAAGAAAACGCAAAUUUAAGGACAAAGGACAAAAAGAAACAAGUGGAGAAAAAUAAGGUUUUAAAGAUGAAAACACAAAAUGGGAAAAAAGAACAAAAAGUAGAUUCUCGUAAUGGGAAAGUUAAUAAACGAAGAAAAUUAGAGACUGUAGAAUCCCCAGAAGAGGACGAAGAUGAUGAUGAUAAAGAUGAAGACGAUGAAGAAGAAGAAUCGAAUAUUGGCAGUGAAAUUGAGGAAAAUGAGGAAGAAAUAGAAGAGGAGCAAAGUGGCGAAGAAGUUGAAGAUGAACAGAGUGACGAAGAAGGCGAGGAAGAGGAAGAAGAAGAAGAGACCGACAACUAUCUUCAAGAUCCCGUUGGUGACAGUGAUGAAGAUUCUGAUGACGAUUCAGAAGAAAAAGACGACGAUGAUGAUGAUGAAGAAGACAAUGAUGAGGAUAUGCUUCCCAUUGAGAAAGCGAGCAAACAACUUGCAAAACUUCAAGCAAAGACUCGACAAAUGGCCGCCGAUGAAUUGCAAGACAUGAAAUCGAGACAACAAGUUUUUCAAUUUCCAACCGAGGAGGAACUGGCGAAUCCAACAGACUUGACAGACGUACAAAAUCGAAUAAAAGACGUUCUAAUGGUUCUCACAGACUUUAAAAAUUUGCGAGAAGAGGGAAAAUCAAGAUCUGAUUAUACAGAUUUGUUGUGCGCUGAUUUAUGUACAAAUUUCUCCUACAAUACAUUCCUGAUGGAGAAGCUAAUGCAAAUUUUUCCCCUCCACGAAUUAAUGGAAUAUUUAGAAGCUAGCGAUGUACCACGACCUGUUACAAUCAGGACAAAUACUUUAAAAACCCGACGACGAGAUUUGGCGCAAGCCCUAAUAAAUCGUGGAAUGAACGUCGAUCCAAUUGGUAAAUGGUCAAAAAUCGGACUCGUGGUCUAUUCAUCGCCAGUGCCAUUGGGCGCAACACCUGAAUAUUUAGCCGGUCAUUACAUGAUUCAAGGAGCAUCGAGUCUUCUACCAGUAAUGGCACUCGAUCCAAAGGAAAAUGAAAGAAUUCUCGACAUGAGCGCUGCACCUGGCGGUAAAACAUCUCACAUUGCGUCAAUAUUGAAAAAUACCGGUGUUAUCUUCUCCAAUGAUCUCAGCGCCGAUAGAUUAAAAGCCGUCAUUGGCAAUUCCCAUCGUCUUGGAAUUACAAACAUUGUAAUUUGUAAAAAUGACGGUCGUAAAAUUCCCAGUAUUCUGAAGGACUUUGAUCGUGUUUUACUCGACGCUCCAUGUACAGGAACGGGAGUAGUUGCCAAGGAUCAGAGUGUUAAAAUCAAUAAGGACGAAUUGGACAUUCAACGUUGCUGUACAUUGCAAAGGGAAUUAUUACUCGCGGCUAUUGAUUCGGUGAAUCAUAAAUCAAGCACUGGGGGUGUAAUUGUCUACUCGACGUGUUCAAUUCUUCCCGAUGAGAAUGAGAGGAUAAUUGAUUAUGCACUACAAAAACGUGACGUGAAAUUACUACCAACUGGAUUGGAAUUUGGAACUGAAGGUUUUACGACUUACAGGCAACACAGAUUUCAUCCGUCUAUGAAAUUAACGAGAAGAUUUUAUCCUCACACACACAAUAUGGAUGGUUUCUUUGUGGCGAAAUUGAAAAAGUUUUCUAAUAUCACAAAAAAAUUACUGAAUCCAGAAGUAGAAGAACCACAAUCAGAUUAAUUUAUGAAAUUGUUUCUCUUUUUUCAUUGUUAAAUAAAUCGUCUUUAUAUUAAAA